UCGCUUAUUCAGCACACUCAGAUCCCAACUGCCAAGCAGUCAAGAUGUCGAGCUCUAAACUUGCCCUCAUUAUCCUGGUCAUUGCCUGUUUGAUUCUCAUCGCUUGGGCUCGACCCAGGACCCGAUCCUCGAUAUACAAUGAGGUCACAUCCCUGCCGGCGGAGCGGAGGAUGAGCAACGACAUCAUGGACCAGAUAUCGCCCAUAAGGAGGCCACACAAUAGGGAAUACUUCCUGAAGAGCCGCUCCUUCGACAGGCCCAAGAUGAUCUUCUCCCAGAGUCCCUUUUUCGAGAACUUCUACGGUGAUCUUCAGCCCGAGAUCGCUCCCGGUGGUUCGAACUACUUUGGCAAUGAUGUCCAGCCACUGCCCACCUACGAGAUCCUGGAGCCAGAAUCCUUAUUUUAGGAAUAGGAGAUCAAAGGAAUUUCUGUCUAAACUAAGCUUGAUAGUCUUUUCGUGAUCAAAUUAAAUUUAAUUUAAUGUACUGACAUUUCUUUAAUAUAAAGAACGAAAAAUAUUAGUCUUAAAAACUACAAAGUAAUAAACAAUAAUUUUUUUUACGGAUAUAACCAAAACUAAUUUUAAAUAUCUAGAAAUAACUU